UUAUUAUCUCUUUAUUAUCUUCUUUAGAAAUAUCUAAUUCAAUAAUUUCCUACUAAUGAUUUACAUGAUCCAAUAUUUUUUUAUAGACUAUUAAACCUACACAUGAAAUAAUUUUUAUGCUAUUAUAUAAAAAUAAAAUUAUAAACAAGAGAUAGAUAAAAUUUAUCUAAUUUAUGCUUAUAUUACUUAUAAAAAUAUAUUUUAAAAAAUAUUCAACAGAUGACACUGAUUUUUAAUUUUUACUCUAUCUUAUUCUGUUUUUAAAAAAAUGUUUUUGACAUUUUAGAGAUGGGGUUGACGAUCAACUUUUAUUUUUAUUUUUAUUUCUCUUGCAUGAUUAAUUAUUCUUUUUAUAUAUUUCAUUUACAGUAGAUGUAUUCUGAAUUAAUUCUCUAAUUUUAUUCUAUCUUUGUUUUUGUUUUAUCCACUUUUAUUUAUACUUAUUUUUAGCGCCUGAUAACCAUAGAAAAUAUCAAUUAAAUUUUUAUUACUUAUAUAAAAUAUUUUUAUUAUUUUUCUUUCAAAAUUACAAUGUGUUUUAAUUUUUAAUGUAAAAAAUAUAGAUAUUAAAUAUAGAUUCUCCAGGUAAUUUUAAACAUCUUUUUUUAAAAAUAUAAUAUAUUCUGAUAGUGAAACUAAUAAUUGUGAUAAAAUUUAAAUAAAAAUUUGAUCCAACAAAAAAAAUAAAAAAUAAAAGAAAAUUAAUUUAAAAUUAAUUUCACAUUUCACAUUUAUUAAUUCUUAGUUGAGCUAAAUAUUAUUUUUUUGUCUAUCAUAUAUAUUAAAUACGUAUAUUGAAUUUUUUUAAAUAUAUGAAUUGAAAAUUUAUAUUUGAAUUUAUUUUAUAUUCUUAUAAAAUUCAUGAAAUUUUAUUUCGAUUAAUCAUUAUUAUGUUUUCCGAAAUAAUAUUUAAAUUUUUUAUUUAUUUAAAAAAAUUGUUUUUUUAUAUAUUUUUAAAUAAAUGUUAUUAAUUUAUUUUUUUCUUUAUUUUUUAGUUUAUUGUCUAAUAUGUUUUCUUUAUAAUUUUUUUUUCAAAAUAAAGUUUAUAAUAUUUUUUUAAUAUAUUUUCAAGUAAAAAUAUUUUAAGAAAUAUAAUUUAAAAAUUCCUUCUUAAUCUUCAUUCUAAUAUAUUUUAUAUUUACGACAUAACUUCAUGUUAUAAGCGUCAAUGUUACCAGGACUGAUUGCAAAAAGUUAAGAUGUUCGAAGAGAGAGACAAAGAAAGAAGUCGUUUAAUAGUUUUGUUUAAUAUAAUCAAUGGUUAUUGUUUUCUUCAUUUAAUGUUAUUUUUGUGAAACAUCGCAGUAUACAAUUUUUAUAAAAUAUUAUAUUUGUUAUUAAAAAUAAUUAUCUUUAUUAUAUUGUUAACAUAUGUCAUGUUUGCAAAUUACUGUUAUCGAUUAUUCACAUUUUGUCGUUGCCAUGUUUUCAAGUCUAUGCAAAUAGGAAAUCGCAAAGUACCACGUGAUUGUCGUUUACAAAUGAUUGUGAUGAUUUAUUACAUUUAAUAUUAUGAAAAUAUGAAUAAUAUAUAAUGUACAAAAACCCGAAUAUUUUAAUCGGAAUAUUUUAAAACGUUUUUAUUAUUUUUUAUUGAACGUUUAAAAAAAUUGAUUUUAUAAAACAUAAUCUCUUAAAUUAGGUUAUAAAUACAAAUUUUAUCCAAUACUUAUUCAAAUUAGUUAUUUUAUCUGUGUUUAAUGGCAAAUGUAUUAAAUAUUUAAAUCAUGGACAAACAAGUAACAAUAACCAGUAAAUAUAAAUUUAUUGAUAUGCUAUACAUAUAAAAAUAUGAGUGGUAGUUCUAAAAAAGAAGAUAUUAAUGCAAAAAAGAAAUAUGUCUUUUUUUGUGAUCCUGAUGUUAUUGUUCAACGUGCUGAAGCAUCUGCACAACAAGAUUACAUUACCAACCAAAUCUUUAAAGACAAACCAUCUAAUUUUCCAAUUGAAUUUGACUUAAAAAAUUUAGAAAAAUUAUCAUAUCAACCUAUUCAACCAUAUCCUUUCACAUUUAUAAGUGCUGUGAAACGAAAACUUAUAUUAAAUGAUGGUUCUGAGGUUUAUAUAAAAACACAAGAAUCAAAUAACAAAAAUGCAAUUAAACCUUCGAGAAUAAUAAAAUCUGAUAGUACACAGAAUUUGCAUGAGGUUAUACAUAAAAUGGAUUUUAUAAGACCACUAAAAGUUCCAGAUUUGAAAAUUUCUGCAAAGAAAUUAGAUUUUUCGAACAGAGAAAAUUGUAUAUCCAAAGAAUCGGUAUCUCCAAAAUUUGAAACACCUUCAAAGGAAUUUAUUCAUGAAAGAGGAGAAAAAAAAACAAGAAAUUUUGAGCGAGUUCAAAGAAGAUUAGAUUUCUCAACAUCAGAUGUUUCAUCAACUAUUACUAGUGAAAUAGAGCCAUUGAAGGUGCCAAAUAUUUCUAUAUCUUCAAAUUUAUCAAAGAAAAAAGAAUAUGUUAGAGAAAAUUCCAGAGAAAAAGAAAAUAGAAAAAGAAUUAGAAAAGAUGAAUCUUUAUUUUCCAAACAGGAUGAAACACAAGAUUUUUAUAGAAGAUCCAGAAGUCCAAGAUAUACUUCUAGAAAAGAUUUUUCUAACAAUAUGAGUGAAAACAUAGUUUCAAAACUAAAAAAUGAUAGAUUUCAUAUGCCAAGGGAAAGUGAUUUUAUUCCAUCAAAAUCAAAGACUAAAAAUUUUGCAACAUCAACUGCUAAAAAGGUUAAUGAUAAGAAACACAAGUCUUUUAAUACUAAAUCUUUAAAAUCAAGAGAUACUUCUUUAGAAUCUAAGAACAGAUCUUAUAGUAAUGAAUCACUUUCCGAACGAUCUUCAAAAUUAUCAGAUAAAGUCACAAUUAGAGAAUCUAGAAAUAUAUUUGAAAAUUUUGAUUAUAAACAUAAGGAUGAUUUACAUAUGUUAAAACAGAUGGAUGAUCAAAAAUAUAUAUUUUCGUCUGAAAAUAGGCAAGUUAAACAACAUAAAAUAACAUGUCAGUCUCAAGGAAAAACAGGAAAUAUAUUUUUUAAGGAACAGAAUAAAAAAUCUGAAAAAAUAAAACCUUCAACAAGUAAAAUGGAUGGCAAAAUGUAUGUAGUAAAUUCUAAAGAAUCUGAAGGUAUAGAAAGUAUAACUAAUUCAAAUAUAAGUGUAAGAACUCAAAGUCCAAGCACUAUUUCUAUACAACAAAUGAAAAAUAAAGAUUCUGAAAAAACUGCACAAGGUACCAAUAUAUGUAAAUUGAAUAAAAUUACAGAAGAUUCAAAAUAUACAGAUGAUUCUUUAACACAAUGUACUAAUGUAAAUAUAAAAAAGGAAGAAGAAUCAUUUACGCAAAUUGCUACUACAGAUAAACAAACUAGUAAUAGUAAUGAAUCUAAUUUAAGUGAUAAUAUUUUGUCAAGUGCAUUGUUUGAUCCAAAAAGAAUUUCAUUUAGAGAUGAAAAUCGUUUACAACAAGAAGAAUUUUGUGAUUUAGUUACUCCAGAUAUGAAUCUUAUACCUCGAUCUAAACGAAAGCGACAAUUCAUACAAAACAAUAAUAUAGAAGCAGAUUUGAAAUGUUCAAAACAUAAUAUGGGUAAAAUUGAAACAGAAUCAGAAAAUAUGUUAUUGUUACAUCCAACUGCCUUACAUAUGCAAUUCCAAGCUGAAUUGCAUCUUCUUGACUCUUUUAAUGAAUCAUUGAGACAAGUAAUGGAUGUUGAAAAAUGUUUGUAUAAUGUUAGGCAAGAUCAAGAAAAAGAAAUAUCAUUACAGCAUAGUCAACCAAAUAAUCAAAUAAAACCACAUUUUUCUAAAGCAAUGGAUGAAAGAGAUAUUGAUGAUAUUAAACAUUGCAAUGAUAGUAAUAAAGCACAUAAACUUGUUGCUACUGAUAAUGCGUUUCCGGCAAAUAUGGUACAUCAUAUUACAAGUCAAACUAUAGGAAAUGAGUUUGAUAAUAUAAAUAAAAUAACUAAACCAGUAGCAGUAGAAGUACAAACUCAAACAGUGAAUGAUAUGGCAACCCAAACAGAUAUACGUUCUACUCGACGAAAUGUACAAAGUAGAUGCUCAGAAAUAUGUGGAACACCAUAUGAACGAGGAUUCAUUGGAGAUAGUGAAGUUCCACAUUUUUCUUUAGAUUCAGUGGAACAAUUUGAAGAUUUAGAUCAAAUAGAAGAAAUAUCAUUGCCUAGCAAAUUAAGAACAAUGUCAGAAAUAAGCUUACAUGAAACUACAUCUUCUAUACGGACAGAAACUGGAACAGAGAUUAGCAUUUCAACUCGAGAUGUAACUUGUUCUUUUAAUAAAUAUUUAGAUUUAGAAAUUGCACAACUAAUAAAAGACGAAAAACAAAGAUAUGAUAAAAUUGAGAUGUUGUUCAAAUCUCGUGAAAAAACUUUAAACGAUCGAACUAAAAAAUUAGUGAAACUAGAAGAACAAAAACGAGCAUUAAGAGAUACUGGACAAGAUAGUCGUGUUAGUUCUGUUAAAAAAAAGCAGAGAGCUUUACUUUUAAAAUUACAACAAGAAAAAGAUGAAAUGAACAGAUUAAAAGAGCUUCACAAAAUUGCAAGUCAAGAACGUAAACUAAUGCUGCAAAAACAAAGAAAUAUGUUUAAUCCUCAAAUAUCUACUAAAAAUAUUUUAACGAAAUUAAAACGAAGCGCAGAUAGUCAAUCUCCAAGAAGACUAUCUGGACCUAUGAAGGGUUAUGAUAUAAGAAGUAAUAGUUCUAUGAGUUCUUUAGUUGACUCUGAUAAAUCUCAGCAACACGAUCGAUCUCAAGCAGAUGCUCGUAUGCAGAUGUCGGAAAAUGAAUUACAUUUUUCUAAAAUUGAUUUAUUAAAAAAUAAUAAAUUCACAAAUCUCGUUGAAGAAUCUAACGCAUCGUUUUUAAAAUUUGAUAAAUCUGAUAAAGCUAUGCAAAAUAUGCCCGAAGAAAAAUGUCUUUAUAACACACAAAAAGAUGGAAACAUAUCUAAAUACGAAAUAAAAUCAAGAAAAUUUGAAGAAAAAAUGCCCAGAGCAGAUGUUAUUAGACUGAAAUCAAAUCAAUAUAAUUCGAUUGAUGCGAAAUUAAUUCCAAAUCAUUCAAUAAAUAUUUCCGGAAAAUAUCUUUUCGAAAAAGGAAAAUCUCCCGAUGUAUCAGAAUUAUUACAACAAAAUUUAAAUAAAUCUACAUCUGAAUAUAUUAAAUCAGAAUCUGAUACUUUAGUAGAAGAAUUAUCUAAAAAAUCAAAACCUUCUCAAGUAAUUGAUAAUCAUUUUCAGAUUCUAGUAUCGCCAAGAGAAUCUUUAAAAGCUAUUUCUACAAAUAGUGAAAUUUUAUCAGAAGAAAUAAGUUCAGUUAGUCAAGAUACUGUAUUGAAAACAUCGAAAUCAUCACAAGUAUCUGAAGAUAUUUUGCAGAUGUAUUCAAAAAGUUCUAAAAGAAGUAGUAAAUCAAUUCCAACUGACAUGUCUAAAAAAACUCAAUAUAGUUCCGAAUCAAAAUCAAAUUUUAAACGUAAAAGUUCAAAAUGUCAAAAAAGCAAAUCAUCAUCUAGUAUACUUACAGAAAAUAUAUUACGAUCUAAAUCUCAUUCUCAAAUGUCAGAAGAAUUUGUGAAACAUCAUAAUAAACGAACAAGAAUGGAAAAAGAAUUUGUUCAAUUUGAUAAAAACGAUGAAAAUGCACUUAUUGAUAAACAUACAAAAGAUAAAAAUUUAAAAUUAUUAACAGAUCGAAUAGACGAUUAUGACGCUAAAGAGAAUGUAUUUUGUCAGAAAAUAUUUGAUAAAAAUGUAGAUAUUUACGGAAAUUCUUGUUGUAGUCAAGACAAAAAUGAACAUAAUUUUGAUGAAGCAAAAUCUCAAAUUGGUAAUUUUGCUAUUUCUCAUCACAGUUCUGGAGAGAGUGAUAGAAAUUACUCCAAAUCCGUGGUUAUCAGAUCGCAAGAUCAUAAUUUGAAAACAUCUAAAAAACUCGAACAAAUUUUAAAUGCGCGUGAAGCUGCGCUUACAUCGCGGAAAAAUUGUGUAGAAGAGUGGAUGGCUUGGCAUGCGAAAUUAAGAACGGAAGAGGAUCGUGUUGCACGAAUGGAACAAGCUGCACUUAAACUUGUAACUGCAACAUCUAAUGUUUUUUUACAAGAUACUACUGUUUCGUCGGACACGAGCGAUAUUGAAGGAAGAAUAGAAUUACUAACAGAAAAAUUAGCCGAAAGACGAAUAGAGAUGUCACGGUUGAAAAGGGAAGCUAGAAAACAGACGAAACAGAAACUUCGUGCUUUAGAAGCUAAUUUGUUGAAUCAAAUAAAGAAAUAUGAUACGACAAUUUACGAAAUGCGCAAAAAAUUGGAGUCAAGAAAAGGAGCUUCUAAAGAUAGUGAAAAAUUAGCAAUAGAAUCAAGAUCAUUGGCAGACUUUAAAAUACCUGAGAUUCCAUUAAAAAAAUUGCAAGAUAUAUUUAAAAACAAUGAUUUAUUAAGAUCCAGAUCAGAAUCCGAUUUAUUAUCCACAAAAAAAUUAUCAAUUAAAGAUCCUAUGAAAAAUAUUAAUAUACUACAAAAUGAAAUUAUUGAAGCCAGAUAUGAGAAAAAUCAUUCUGAAAGAAUGACUAAAUCUUUAAGAAACAUAAGAACAUUGGAACAAUUAAGUUCCGCAAAAUCGAGUAUGAUAAAUCAUAGUAGUCAGUCUGUUUUUGAUGAAAGUAUAUCAGAACAAAUCGAAAUUGAUAAACUUGGUUCUGCUUCCAUGUCAUCAGUUUCAGAUGGUGCUCGAUCUGAAAAAAAUAUUCCUUGUGGAACUGAACAAUAUAUAAAUGAAAUACAAAAUAAACAAAGUAUAUCAGAUGUAAAGAAAAGUAGUAUUUCUGAAGAUGUUAAAACUGAAAUCAAUACACCAAAGUCUGAAUCAGAUAUACAUACACAAUCGGAAGUCAAGUUUUCUAAAUAUGAUACUACAAUUCAAUCUGAUUUAAAAGAAUAUAAAUCUGAUUUCGACACAUUUUCUGAACAGUCACGAGUUAAAACUAUUUCAUCACAAUCUAAAAUUAAUAAAUCUCAACAUUCAGAACAUUUGGAACAUAUUUUAUCAGAGAAAUCUAACAAUAUUCAACAUUCUAACGCAGAAAUAAACACUGAAUCUGUUAAUGAAAGUCUUGAUUUUUCUAAAAAAUUAGAUUUUUUGCGUUUAAAUAAUCAAAAUUUGAAUGAGGAUAUAAGCUCGCUUGAAAAUGAAUUGAAAAUACUUUCAGAAAUGAUGUCACGUUUUAAUAAAAAAUCUAUUGAAGAGAAAAAAUAUGAAUUACAAAAUGAAGAAAAAAGUACAUCAAAAGAUAUAUCUGAAAUACAUUCAAUAUCGGAUAAAAUCAAUGAAGUUUAUGAUGUAGAAAUUAUAAAAGAGGAUAAAAUCAAAAAUGUAGAAUUACAUUCGAAGGAAAGUAACUCCGAUAUUCCACAAUAUUUAACAAAUAAUACAAGAUUAUUGUCACCUACUAACUUCAGUGAUAGCAAUAGUAUAGUGGAAGAAGUUGAUAAUGUAAUAUCUGUUAUAAUGCCACAAAGUAAAAUGUCAUCUUCUAAAUCAAGUAGCCAAGAAAUUGAUUAUAAAGCAAGAAGUAAGAAAAUUUUAAAUGAAAUUGAAAAAUCUAUAAUAUCAGAACAUAUUAAAGUACCUAAGGAUGACCGUUCAGAGAUAUCAGAAAAUAAAAAUUUAAGUUUACAUAAGAGAAAUGAAGAAAUAUCUAAUGAUACCUCUGCUAAUGUAAAAUCUUUAUCUGAAAUUUAUUCAAAAUCGAUUCAAGAUAAAAAUCGAUGCAUAAAUAUUUUGGAAUUUGAAACAACAUAUCCCGAAAAAAAUAUUGAAGAAAAUUUAACUGAUUUGCAUAAUGUAGAAAGUUAUCAAUCGUUGAAAUCGAAAAAAAGUUCUUCGUUAUCUUCAGAAAGUUUCGAAGAUAAUGAAAAGGAUAAAUCUUUAAAUCAAAAUACAGAUAUCAAUCUUAGUUCAAUAAUAAAUGAUAUAUCUUCUACAGAAAUUCAUUUAGAAAAUAAGAAUAAUUCCACACUUAAAGAAGUUCAAGAUGUUUCAAAACAAGCAACAGUUACAGAAUAUGUAAACGAAUUAUUGAAAAGACAACUUUCUCCUCAGUUAUCAAAUUCAAUGAAAACAAUUGACACUUCUAAAGAAUCAAUAGAUUAUGUAAAAGAUAUAAUAAAUGAUAAUAUGUCUUAUCAAAAUAUAAAUGAUAUACAUCUAGUUUCAAAAACAAAGAAUUUAGAAUUAUUAUUAAAAGAAUCUAAAGAAUUAACUAAUAAUAAUAAAAAUGAAACUGUCUUUACACAAACUGAAGAGAUGAUAGAACCUCAAGAAGUUUCUCAAAAAUCCAUUAAAAGUUCUAAACAGGAUAUUUCUGAUUAUGAUUUAAAUAUGAGUAAAAAAGAAAUUAUUGAAAAUAAUAAUCAAUCAGAAAUAUUUUUGAAUAAAACUUUUAAUAAAAAUGACUGGACUAUAUCUAAUUCAUUUGAUGUUAUUUCUGCAUGGGAAAAAUCUCAAAGUCAGACAUCAAAAUCAUUUAAUGAUUUGAGUACAUUAAAUUCAAAAAACAUAUCUCAAUCAGUUAACUAUAAAGAUGAAAUUUGUAAAAAUGAAAUAAUUAAUGAUAUAGAGAAUGAUGUAGAAGAAGAUAUAGAGGAUGUUUCUUCAUUUAUUCCAAAAAGUGAAUCUACAAAUAUUGAAAUACAUGAAAUAAAAUUUGAUGAAACAUUAGACUACCAUUUUGAAAAAUUUGGUAAUAAAAGCAAAGAUGUAAUGCAUGUAGUUUCUAAAAACAAUGAUAUAGAGGAAAAUGAAAAUAGUAUAGAAACUAAUGAUUUCCAAAAAAUUAUUUAUGAUUCUGUCACUAAAAUAUUGGAUAAAGUUGAAAAAAGUAUUGAAAAUAAUACAAUAAGAGAGAAAACUGAAAAUCAUACAGAUAUGGAUAAUAUAAAAAAUAAAAAUGAAAUACAGAUAGAAGAAAGAGAAAAAUCAAUUUCAAGCAAUGUUACUUUAAGUAAUAAUUUAGAAGAAAAUUUAGAAAAAAAUAAAAUGAAGUUCAAUAAUAUUAAUGAAGAAAUCUCUCUUUUGAACUUCAGCAAUGAUAAAAAUAUUAAUGAAGAAAUAACAAUUAAUGAAAAUACUGAGAUUAUAAAAACAAAUGUUGAAAUUAAAAAUGACGAGAAUAUGUAUUGUACAGAAUCUAAGUCUCGAGAAAUUAUUAUAACAGAAUUAGAACCAGAAAAUAUAGAAAAUGAAAGUUUAUCAGAACUUGAUAUUGAUGCUAAAAUAGAAUUAGCAGAAGAAGAAUUCAUAGAAACAGACAGAAAUAAAGAAGAAAUAGUAUCACAAGAACAAAAAUUUUUGGAAACUAUAAUAGAACAAGAUAGUUCUGAUGGUGAACAACUUGAUAAUUUGGUUGAAGUAACUGAAGGUGUAUUGGAUGUUAUAGAAAAAGGAAUUAAAUGUUCUACAGAUUCUAUUGAAUUGAAAUCUAUUUCAUCUUAUAAAAUAAAUGACCAUGAUAUUGAAAUUCAAGAUAAUAAAAUACAAAGUGAAGAAAAUCCUGCAAUUGUAAAUGAUAUUAAGACAAUAGAGCAUGUUGAAGUAGAUACAUCCAAUGUAUCACUAAAUGUAAUGAUGAAUAAAACUUUUGAUAUUGUGAAAGAUCCAGAAUAUGAAGAUAUUUCGGAAGAAAGUCUUGAAGUUUCUGAAAUAUUUGAUAAAAGCGAGCUUCAGAAAUCUACUAUUGUACAAAAAUCGUCUAUACCAGAAAAAUAUGAAGCGAUACAAAAAUCAGAAAAAGUAUUGAAAAUACUUGAUGAAAUUACACAAAAACCUUUGUUGAAUUCAGAAAAUGAUAUAAAUAAAUUUCAAGAUAAUGAAUAUCUUUCUGAAAAUAAUAAAGAAUUACAAAUUUCUGAUAAAAUUAGUAUUAAAAAUAAUCAAUCAUUAUCAGAAAAAAUAGAAAAUCAAAAAUCUGAAAAGAUAAUAUUAGAAAAAGAAAAUCAAUUAAUAGAAAAUGUGACUAAUAUGAAUGAAAUGAAAAAGAAAAAAGAGGAACAAGAUGUUUUAUCUGAGUCAAGUGAAGACAGAGAUACACCAAAAGGUGUAUCAGAAAUUGAUAUGGAUUCUCCUCGAGAUCUUAAUGAUUCAAGAUUGGAUAUCGAUGUUUUAAAUGAUGAUUUAUUAAGUAAUCCAAACAUAGAAAAUCAAAAUAUAGAUUCGAAGAAUACAUUUCAUGCUACACCCAUUGUUGCAACGUCUGAAAAGGAUAUAGAAGUUAUGAUAGAUAAGUUAAAAGCUUCAUUGGAACAACCUGGCAUGGAAGUUGCAGAUUGGGAAGCAAAAUUACUUCGUAUUGAACAACUUCAGAUUGAAUUAGAGAUUAAAAAAUUAGAAGCAGAAGAAGAAUCCUAUUAUGUUCGAAAAAUACCGAAUAAACCACCACCUCCCUACACUCCACCUACUGGAAGUGCAAGAAUUUCAACAUCGCUUGGAUCACCUUCUCCUCCUCCAGCUGUGAUUCCUUCAAACAUAGAGGAAUUAGUAGCAUUUACAGAAAAAGCCACAGCAAUAAUAUUUAAAGCUAAGGAAGCUGGAGAAGAUAUCAUGAAUUUAAAAGCUCCUUCUGAGAUCUGUGAAUUAACCAAAGAAAAUGAUGAGACUAUGAAAAAAGAUAGAAGAAUUUAUAAUACAUUCCUUUUUGAUUUGUGUAAAGAAACAAUCGCUGAAGUUUAUCAAGCUGAAUAUGAAAAACCAGGUCCAAGUUGGACAAAACCAAACGUAAAAACAAAACCUAUUGUGAAGAUUCCUAAGACUAUACAAGAGCUUAAUGCUUAUGUGAAUAAAGAGGUGGCUACAUUAUUCGGUUUCAAAACAAAAUUACAACGAGAAAAUAUGGUAAUGCGUUGGAGUAGAAAACGAAGAGAUCGAGUUGAUGAAUUAUUGGCUAGAGAAGCUCAAGCUGAGGAAGAUGAAUGGACGAAAUUUCAUCAUGAUGAACUCGCAGUAAAAAAUGGUCUUACUGUAACUAUAUUAGAUACUCUGUUAAUGGAGACUGUGAAUGUAGUUAAAGUUGCAUAUGCAAAGAAAAGAAAAGUAAUGAUUUAGUUUUUUUAUUUUUUUCUUUCUUUUUUCUUUUUUUUUUUUUAUUUGCAAAGUCAAGAUUUAUGACUGAAGUACUGAUAUAUAUAUGAGUUAUAACAUAAUCGUUAAUUAUAAAAGACAGUAUAUAUUAUUUUGAAAUUAAUUAGCCUAAACUGCUAUAAUUUUAAUGAAUUUUGUUAAUUAUUAUUUGUAUUCUAUGAUUUGUAAGGCUGGUUCCUAUUUAUUUCAUGUUCGUACAUAAGAAGACAAAAGGUGUGACAAAUUUUAUGAAUUUUAGAAUAAUAUGUAAUUAGCAAUUGUCGACUUAUAGAAUUCGAUAAUCAAACUAUAAGUUCGUUUUGUUAAAACAGAAUUAUUAUUAGAGUAUGUAAGUUUUAGAAUAGUAUAUAAAUUUAUCACAAUUUAUAUUCAUAUAUAUUAAAAUGUAACAUAUUUAACAAUCCCAUUAAUUAAGAACAUAUAAUUAUUAAUUUAAUAACUUUGAGCGUUUUGUUCGAGUAAAUUUAUAUUAUGUAAUAUAUUUUUUAUUUAUUUGUUUUAUUAUUUUCAACUGAAAUAAAUUUAUAACAAAAAUUUAUAACAAUUUAUAAAUAAGAUUUUAAUUACAAUAUUACUUGAACAAAAUUUAACAAAUACUCGAACAAAAUGUUCCUUUGAUUAUAUAUAUCUAUAACUGUGUUAUAGAAGUUAUCAACCAUGGAACAUAUAUGAUAUGUUCUUAUUAAGUCGUAUCGGAUUUCAUAGAAUUAUGCUCAACUAUAUAUAAUAAAACAAAAUUUAAACCAAAAGACUGAUACUUUGGGGCCAUUUCGAUCUAAAUUGAAAACAUUUCAAAGAGACACAUAAUAGUUAAUAAUUAAACAUUUAUAAAUUGGCGUUAAAAAAAGUUAGUUUCCAAGUUAGUUAUAUGUAAUAAAAAGAUAGUUUUGAUUUUUUAUUGUAGCCCCUUUAAUACAUAAGAAUUAAUAUACAAGUGUAAAAAAAAAACAAGAAUAUAUAAUACUUUUUAUAUUGCAUCGCGUUUAUAAACUGAUUAAUCAAUUAUAUUUUAAUAUAAUUUUAAUUGGUAAUAUGUUGACUCUAUUCUAUUAUACUUAAAUUUACAUCUAUGGUUGUGAUGUCAAUUUAAUAUUCACAAAAUAAAAAAUAAAAAUAACGUGUUAAUUAUAUAAAAAUACAACAGUGAUGAAGAAUGGAACAUUAGCUUUAAUUAGUAUCAAUUGUGAAUUAUCAACUUAAACAUGUUUUAAAAACAUUUUCUUUCUGAUGCAAGUCUUUUAACAUGACUUUGAAAAAUUUUGUUUUAGAAAUGUACAUAUGAUAAUAAGAUUAAACAUUACAAUACUAGACUUUCUUUUUUAGAAAUUUCUAUCAAUCAAUAAGAAUUAUAAAAAUUUCUCAAGUCUUUUGCUUAUUAUGUAAUUUUUGUGUUUAUUUUUUUCUCUUAUUUUUUUAUUUACAAUCAGUUUAAUACUAAUUGCAUAUAUAAUUGUUAUGUAUAGAUAUUGUUCACGUAUGUAGUGUUGAAUAUGUACUUAAUUAAGCUAUAAUAUAUUUUAUAAUAAAUUUUUUGAAAAAUU